UUCGCAUAUAAUUUACUCUCACCUAGUUAAUUUUGACAUUCAAUGGUAAUACUAAUUGUUAUUAAUCAUAAUCAAAUCACUAUCAUCAUUUAGUGUUAUUAAUAUAAUUAUUAUUACAAUCAACUCUUUUUGUUUUAAACUUCAACAUAAAAUCAACUGUGAAACUGUUAAUUGUUGAUAACAAACCGUCAGUGAAACAAUAACAAUCAACCAAUUGAAUCCAGUUAUGGAAGUAAAUUUAAUUGUGACAAUUGUUUCAAGAUCUUGAUUGUUAUCAUUUAGUUUAGUUAAUUAAUCAUGGAGAGUAGUAAUCGUGAUCUAUGUUCACAUUCAUUACCCAACCUUGACUCAACAAUUAACUCAGCGACGAUGAAACCUUCAUCUACAGUAAUGGUCACUUAUCCGAUAUCAGAGGAAGACAAAGAUAAACGGGUGGGGAUCGCUAAUCUGGCCUAUGAACCAAAUGAUGAUGAUUACGAGAACCAUAAUCAUCCGAUUUCUCGUCCAUCAUCAUCAAUGUUACAUCAUUCUCAUGUAAAUCAUCACACACAUUCACCUCAUCCAAUAUCAAAAUCUAAGGCAAUAUCAGAUACCGAGUAUCUUUGUCAUCCUGGUUCAUCUUCAUCUUCAACUGGUCAUCUUCAUCAUUCAAAUCAUCAACUGUCAUCUCCAACUGACUCUCAUCAUCAAGUUUAUCCACCAUCUUCAAGUCGUAAUCACAAUGUUAACAAUAACACUUCGAACGGUAAUUUAAUCAAUGGAGAAACUAAUUUAGGAUCUCGACUUUUCUCAACUCAAAGCUGUGAUUUUGACGUUGUCCCAGUUUUCACUUUAAAUCGCAAUCAAGGAUUUAAUGGUCGACGAAUCUCUAGAACCACUCGAAUUGUCAUAUCAACCUCUUUAAUAUCAUUCGGCAUCACAAUCAUGAUUGUUGGUAUUUUAGUCUACACAGUUCGUGAUAUUGAAAUCGGUUUUAAUCCCUACAAGAUUAACAGACAAGCAAAUGUAACCACACCUUAUGAAGCUUAUCUCGUGCAUCAAACAGUUGAUUCAAUCAUCAAUGACGAGAGACGUUACAAUGCAUCAGUUGGGUCAAUGUUCAUGUCGUUCGGGGCUCUCGCCGUUAUCAUCGGUAUAUCGUUGUUAUUGGCACCAGCAAUCAAACGGAAACAUCAGAUCGUCAAUCCAAUCAGAUCAUCGACCGCCAAUAUCAAUACGAACAGUAAUAAGAACUUAUCUUCAAUAGUCUAUUUCAACAGGGAUGAUCUCAAUCGAUCUCAAUUGUCGGUUGAAAAAAUUGAUAUCGAUCACCAUGGGUCAAGGAAGGAGUUUUUCUAAUCUCUAAUUGCAAUUAAUACUUACGAUUAAUUAGAUAACAUUAAACUAUUAGUAUUUAAUCAACUAAAUCUUGUCAUUAAUAAAAAGUCAUAUAAGUUCCUGUAUUCAUCAAAUUGAUUAGUUUUAUUGUCUAUAUAAAAAUUAACUUAAUUGUAUCUUAUCAAUGAUUAAAGUAAUAAGAGAUGAAAAUGAUUUCAAUAUUUGAUUAACUUUAUUGUAAAGCCGUUAAUUGUUACAAUUUGUACAAAAAGGAAUCAAUAAAUUUUUAUUUACAUUUAUAUACAUAUUGUGUGGUUAACUGUUACAACGAUCUAUCAAUUGAUUGAUUAAUUGAUAAUAAUGAUAAAUGAGUUGAUGGAUCGAUGGGGUAGAAAUCAGAGUCAAUUAGUACGAAAGGAAUUAAAAUUGUUUAGUUAAUUAUCACAAAUUGAAUUAA